CACAGACCGACAGACAUCCACAGAUAUGGCUCUGUGAGAAGGCACAUGGUGGCGGCUAACCAUGAACCAAAAAAUACAUCACCAAAAACAGUUCAUGCAUCAGUAGCAACCCGACUUGGUUUAUUUAGUUUUUUUUGGGGGGGGGGUGAUUCAACCAUUGCAACAACUGCACUAGAAAUAUAAUUUGGUUUUGCACUGUUAACGAGGAGAGAAGCUAGCAAGCAACUUGGAACAAACCCCCUCCUCUCUCCUCCAGUUUUAAGGCACUGAGAUAUUUUACUCGGUUUUUUUAAACAGUUUUUUUGGUUGCAAUCGCUCUCUUUAUUUUAUUUUUUAAAUACAUUCAUCAUGGGUGUGCAAGGUUUCCAAGAAUACAUAGAAAAGCACUGCCCUACUGCCGUGGUACCGGUGGAGCUCCAGAAACUAGCCCGGGGUAGUCUGGUCGGAGGAGGCAGACAGAGACCACCACAGAGCCCGUUACGGUUACUAGUUGACGCGGAGAACUGUCUCCACCGGCUUUACGGAGGUUUCUACACCGACUGGGUAAGCGGCGGACAGUGGAACCACAUGCUCGGGUACCUGGCUGCAUUAGCCAAGGCCUGUUUUAACGGUAACAUUGAACUACUGGUGUGUUUUAAUGGCGCCAUGGAGAAAGGCCGUCUUCACGAAUGGGUCAAACGACAGGUGAACGAGAGACAGACAGCGCAGCAGAUUGUCAGCCAUAUCCAGAAUAAAGGCACCCCACCGCCGAAGGUCUGGUUUCUACCCCCGGUGUGCAUGGUCCACUGCGUCCGGUUGGCUCUUCUCAGGUUCCACAUUGGGGUUGUCCAGAGUAUCGAGGAUCAUCACUUGGAGGUGAUAGCUCUGUGCAGGGAGAACGGGUUCCACGGCCUGGUGGCGUACGACUCGGACUACGCUCUGUGUAACAUCCCCUACUACUUCUCUGCCCACGCCCUGAAGCUGAGUCGCAACGGGAAGAGCCUGACCACCUCCCAGUACCUGAUGCAUGAAGUGGCCAAACAACUGGACCUCAACCCCAACCGCUUCGUUAUCUUCGCUUCACUUUUAGGUAACCACAUACUGCCUGAUGAAGACUUGGCUGCCUUUCACUGGAGUCUCCUGGGUCCAGAGCAUCCGCUAGCAUCGCUCAAGGUGCGCGCCCACCAGCUAGUGCUCCCUCCGUGUGACGUGGUCAUCAAGGCUGUGGCUGACUACGUUCGAAACAUGACAGACUUCAGCGACCUGGAGGCCAUCGCAAACGACAUCUUCAGACACUCACAGUCCAGGACUGAUGACAAAGUUGUCCGCUUUAAGAAAGCAGUGGAGUACUACUCAGCAGCCAGCAAGUCUCAACACUUCUCACCUUACCAAGUCGGACCAGACCAGACAGGAGGACCGGUAGUUUCUCCAGUAGCAGCAGUUCUGUCGCACUACGCAACUCUGGCUCCACCCCCUCAGACGCUCAACAUUCCUCCCCUGUCGGGGAAACCUGGGGUCCAGUCUGCCUACACAGCCCCUCCGGUCGUAGAGCCUGGCCCGGCGGGGGCUGGGGCUAAUGCCGGCCCUAGUGGUGACCCUGUUGCCGGUCUCGGUCCUGGUCCUUCUGGUUCUGGUCUGGCUGUGGAGUCAGCGGUGGGGAAGACCCUGGCAGAGCAGGUACCAAGCAGCUUCAGCAACAUUCCUCCUAAAGAGAAGCACACGCCGCUGUACGAGAGGUCUUCUCCCAUCAACCCUUCUUUUCCCCCGGGGGGCACGGCCGCCACCAGCCCCUCCUCGUCGUCCUCCACCACCUCCUCGGAGAACGAGGACAACACAGGCUUCACUGCCAAUCAUGUAAGUGACCAUAAUAAAGGAGGAUGGGACAGACCAUCAGAGAGCACAGCAGAGGGGGAACUGGAAGGAUGGGACAAACCAUCAGAGAGCACAGCAGAGGGGGAGCUGGGAAACCAAACCAAGGCUAACCCAACCGUGACCUCUCCUGGGGUCAUCGGUCAUCUGAAUGCCCAGAUCCCGUCUUUGUUGUCAAUGCCGACCAGAAACCACAUGGACAUCACUAGCCCUCCGCUCCCCAUGGUGGCUCCAGAGGUCCUCAGAGUGGCUCAACACAGACACAAGAAGGGCCUGAUGUACCCAUACAUCUACCACAUCCUUACCAAGGGGGAGAUAAAGCUGUCCGUCACCAUAGAGGAUGAGGCCAACCAGGAGCUCCCAUCAGCAGUGCAGCUGUUCAGACCUAUCCGUCAGUAUGUCUACGGGGUUCUCUUCAGCCUGGCUGAAGCCAAGAAGAAGGCUGAGAGACUAGCCAUGAGGCGCAACCGUCUGCCUGAAUACCCCCCUGUGGCAGUGAAGGAGUGGGCUGCCUACAAGGGGAAGUCCCCCCACACCCCAGAGCUGGUGGAGGCUCUGCCCUUCAGAGAGUGGACCUGUCCUAACCUGAAGAAGCUGUGGCUUGGCAAGGCGGUGGAGGAUAAGAAUGGCAGGAUGAGAGCCUUCCUGGCCUGUAUGAGGUCAGAUGCCCCAGCCAUGCUCAACCCAGCCUGCGUCCCCACACAACUCCUGGUUCUCUGCUGCGUGUUGAGGUUUAUGUUACAGUGGCCAGGAGUAAGAGUUUUGCGUGGUAAGGAACUGGAAGCGUUCCUUGCCCAAGCACUUUCUCCUAAACUCUAUGAGCCUGAACAGCUGCAGGAACUCAAGAUUGAUAGCCUGGACCCUCGCGGCGUGCAGCUGGCCGCUCUGUUCAUGAGCGGCGUGGACAUGGCCUUAUUGGCCAACGACGUGUGUGGCCAGCCAAUCCCCUGGGAGCACUGCUGUCCAUGGAUGUACUUCGAUGGCAAACUGCUGCAGAGCAAACUGAUCCAGGCCAUUCGGGACAAGGCCCCGCUCAUCGACCUCUGUGAUGGUCAGGUGGAUCAGGUGAACAAGGUGAAGAAAAUGCGGCAGAGCAUCCUGGAGGGGCUUAACUUCUCCCCGCCUCCUCCCCCCACCCCCACGCCUGCCUUUCUACCCCCAGGGGGAGCCUUCUACCCCCCGCCCCACAUGAUGCCGCUGCAGGGCAGGGGCAGGAGCAUGGGCGUGCCUCGCCUACCAAGCAUGUCCUCCCAGGGCGGAAAGCUGGAGAUAGCUGGCACGGUGGUGGGCCAGUGGGCUGGCAUCAGACGGGGCCGAGGCAGAGGAGGCUUCCCCAUCCAGGUGGUCUCUGUCGGCGGGCCAAACAGAGGGCGUCUGCGGGGUGUGAUCUCCACUCCUGUCAUCAGGACCUUCGGUCGAGGAGCCAAAUUCCCCCUCAGAGGCUUCAAGAGCCAGGGGACAUACCAGGUGGGACACGGGACAUACCAGGUGGGACACGGGACAUACCAGAGUAAGCCUACCUACUCCUUAGCCAGUGAGGUGAAGGAGAGGAAGAAGUUGAAGACUGAGGAGAAGGAGAAAUCUCCCAUCAUGCUGUCUUCCGAAGGGUCCACUACAGAGAACGGACUGGAGGAGAGAGGGGAGGAGGGACUGGAGGAGGGACUGGAGGAGAGGAGGGAGGAGGAGGGGGAAGUGGAGGAGGGAGUGGAGGAGAGGGAGGUAGAGCAGCUGAAAGGUCAGGUCAUGGAGGUGAGAGAAAGCAGGGCUGUGAAUAUCCAACCAGAAAGUGCCUUUAGCAGUGACUCCAAGAUGUGCAAUACUAACCCCAGCCUAAAUGCACUAAACGCAGACGGCGCCUGUCUCAGAGAAGCAGCAGAACCUCUGAGCUCAGCCGCCUCUGUCUUACAAACAGAAGAGUAAAUUAAAAACAAAAAAAAGUGGUGUUUUUUUGUAGAGAGGGUGAAGAACGAGUGAGAGGAUGUAAGGAAGCGCUACAGUCACUGUUCCAUAUUGUAUGCAUCCCAAACAGCUCCCUAAUAUAAGUGCAGUAGUUUUGACCAGAUCCCCCUGGGGGGGGUUAUACUUCCCAUAGGCCUCUGGUCUAAAGUAGUGCACAACAUGGGUAAAUAAUAAGGUGCCAUUUGGAAUACAUCUAUAUUUUUCCUCUCUGUAGAGAAGAUGAAAUUCAGACGAGCUUUUUUUCUCGACGAUGUCAACCAGAUUUAAAACAAACAAACCCCCAGAAUGAUGAGGAUUUCUCCUUUUUAAACGAGAGAUAAGAACAGACCGGUUCGAAACAGAAUAUAUACUACUAACAAGUGGACUGGCCCAGUCAGUCCACUCCACUCUCUCUCUCCACUGAUAUCGACAUCAUACUACCGUGAUACGACCAUGAUUUGUGUCCCAAAUGUGACACCCUAUUCUCUAUAUAUAUAUAUAUUUUUUAGUGCACUACUUUUGACCAGGAACCAUAGGGUUGACAAUUGGUCUCUGGUCAAAAGUAGGGCGCUAUGUAGGGAAUAGGAUGCCGGUCUCAGACUGGUAAAGAGAAAGGUACUUUCUAUCCUUUUUUCUUAAGAUAAUACCGAAGCCGAAACUUAACAAUGCUUUUGUCUCUUUUUAGUUCCUUAUAGGUUAAGAUGCUCCUCCAGUAUGUACUUGGCAUCAUAUAUUUGCCAUUUGUAACUUUGUUGUCACAGUAAAUAACGUUUUGAGAGUUUUUUAACAACAGAGAAGCAGAUGGAGUCACAGAAUGCUUCCCUAAUGGCACCCUAGUCCGUUUUAUAGUGCACUACUUUUGACAUGGAUAGAUGGGAAAAUUGGAUUUAUUUGAUCAUUUUUAAAAACACAACCACACGUGGAUAAUGCAUUUAAAAAUCAUGAAAACGUAUUUCCAUUUUGAUCCCCUUAUUAAAUAAAUACAACAAGUCAUUGAAAAAUAAAACUUGGUUACAAUAGUAGCUACGAUCAGUCUGAUUUA